UUACCUCUCUGCAAACGAGCCGCGUUUCUAUUUUCUGCUUCCUUUCCAAGUCUCACUGAAAAACAACCACGAAUCCACUCCGAUGGUGUCCAAGAACCCGAACCCGGCCGAGGGAUUCUACUUGGAUCCGAACGGAAUGGCGCUCCCCGGCUUCGUGCCCUUCUCGGCGGCGAAUAAUGCGGCGGCGGCGGCGGCGGCGUCCCCCACCUCGUCGUCGGCGGAGGAUCUGGCGAAGAAGGUCCGCAAACCCUACACCAUCACCAAAUCCAGGGAGAGCUGGACGGAGCCGGAGCACGACAAGUUCCUCGAGGCACUUCAGCUCUUUGAUCGUGACUGGAAAAAGAUUGAAGCCUUUGUUGGGUCAAAGACAGUCAUCCAGAUACGCAGUCAUGCUCAGAAGUACUUUCUGAAAGUGCAGAAGAGUGGCACAAAUGAACACCUACCUCCCCCUCGACCGAAAAGGAAGGCUGCUCAUCCAUAUCCUCAAAAAGCCUCAAAAAAUGCUUCGGUUCCGACACCAGCCUCUGGGGCAUUUCAUGCUUCACAAGCACUGCUCGAAUCUGGAUAUGUUCUUCGGCCUGAUUCCUCUUCAGUUCUCAGAAAUCCUGUUAAUAAUGCUCCAGUGUCUUCCUGGACGAAUAAUACCGUGCAGACUGUCAGUUUCUCCCGCCCAACAAAAGGCACAAAUGUGAUCAAUAACUCCUGUAGCAGCACUGACAGCACUCCGAGAACACGACCAAUUUGUGAAACAACUGACCAAGGUCAUAAUGCCACUGCACUGAGAGUUUUACCUGAUUUCGCUCAGGUAUACAGUUUCAUUGGCAGUGUCUUUGACCCGAACACCUCUGGUCAUGUGCAGAAACUGAAAAAAAUGGAUCCUAUAGACGUUGAAACAGUGCUUCUGUUGAUGAGAAAUCUAUCCAUUAAUCUGACAAGCCCAGAUUUUGAGGAUCACAGGAGGUUGCUUUCAACUUAUGAGAUAGAUGCUCAGAUUGGUGGUGGAGCACACUCUCGUGAUGAUCAAACCAGCAAUGUCGUGUAAUUUUCUUAGAGGGAUGCAUAAAGAGAUCAAUUGGUCCUUGCCGGUGGUGGAUUGCCAGUCGCUUGAAAUCCAUGGUCACCAAACCAAAAGCAUCGGUUCCCGGGCUAUAUGAUUGUCGGGACAGUCUUUUGUUUUGUCAUGGGGGUAUAGAUCAAGUUAAUUCCAAAGUAGCCUGUCCUGGUCAUGGUUUAUUUGUAGUUGCAUAUGGGGUUUGCUGGGUAUAUAUAUUACCGGAAGGAAAUAAUGUGGGGUUGUAUAGUCGCCAAGAUAGGCAGUGCUUGUGCCGGAGUCCCCAAUUCUUGGCCGAGUUUUUACUGAUUUGAACAGGAGGCGAGCAACAGUCUGUACAGUUGUAGGUUUCUUUGUAUUUAAGUUUUGCUUCCUCUAGCAAUAACGUUUUUGAUCGUUGUCA